UCCUGGCUGGCUCCCCCCCCCGCUUUUGCCACUCACUCCUUCCCUCCCUCCUCCCCUCCGCGUCUGCUUCUCCCUCUCCCCUCCACGCUCUACAAGUGCCUCGCGCAGUUCACUCCCCUCGCUCGGAGGAGGCGAAGGGGCUGGCCAAGGUGGAGAUUCGCUCCGAUCGGCGCGCUGACCAGGGACGGCCGGGAGAGGCUGCGUGGCCGCUCGGAGCUGUCCGUGGUGCUGAAAGGCGGCGUGGUCCGAGGGGGGGGGGUCGCUUGGCGCUCGGGGCUGUCCGUGGUGCUGAAGGGCGGCGUGGGCUGCGCUCCAGUCCCGAGUCGCUUGGAGCUGUCCAUGGUCCUGAAGGGCGGCGUGGGCUGCGCUCCAGUUCCGAGCCGCUUGGAGCUGUCCGUGGUGCCGAAAGGAGACUUCUUCUGAGCCCGCUGCUGCCCGAGCCAGCCCGGUGUAUGUGCAGAUCUUGGUGCAUCGCAGCAGCGUCGAGCGACGGCUUGAAUUGCGGCAGCGGCGACAGGCUCGGCUGGCCGCCUGGUCUGGCGCUGAGAAGGAUGAAGGGCUUCCUCCGGCUGCUGGUGGGCUACUUGGUGGCGGACCUCCUCAGUCUCCUCUGCCGGGCUCAGGAGAAAGCCGGGCAGCAUUUGGGCAGCAUCGUCUUGCUCUCCGGAGGCAACCAGAGCCGCCCGGGGCAGAGCGUCAACGCCUCCAAGUCGCCCCCGACCCCAGAGGAAUGCAGGGGCUACUUCGACGUGAUGGGCCAGUGGGACCCUCCUUUCAACUGCAGCCUCAGCGAGUACCCCUUCUGCUGUGGCACUUGUGGCUUCCGAUUCUGCUGCCAGUACCAGAAGGGCAGCUUGGACCAGAGCAUCUGCACCAACUACGAGCGUCCGCCCUGGCUGACCCAGGGCAAGCCUCCCAUCCGCCCCAUCGACCCGUCCCACGACCCCACUAGGGACAAAACCAACCUCAUCGUCUAUAUCAUUUGUGGGGUGGUGGCCGUAAUGGUCUUGGUGGGCAUCUUCACCAAGCUGGGUCUGGAGAAGGCACACCGGCCCCAGCGAGAGCACAUGUCCAGAGCUCUUGCCGAUGUGAUGCGGCCAGAUGCUCCCUGCACAACGGAUCAUAUGGAACGAGAUCUCAACAUCGUUGUCCACGUGCAGCAUUAUGACAACAUGGAGACGAGACCGCCGACAAACAACCUGCAUGCAACACAGAUGAACAAUGUGGUUCCGACAUCACCGCUCCUCCCACAGCUGACGCAUCCGCACUCUUAUCCAAACAUGGGGCAGAUCACGAAUCCGUAUGAACAGCAGCCGCCAGGGAAAGAGCUGAAUAAGUAUGCAUCUCUAAAAGCAGUAGACAAAAGCAACGAGGACUUCUACUCCAAACGGCGGCAUCUCGCCGAACUGGCAGCGAAAGGGAACCUGCCACUCCACCCAGUACGCGUUGACGAAGAGCGCCCGUACAUCCUCGAGGGCGGUACCAUGAAACAGAAUGGGCAGAAGUCCAAAGCCAACAAGCCAAAUAUGCACCCCUUAGCUUACAAAACCUGGGACCCUAGUGACCAGUCCCUCCGACGGCAGGCCUAUGCAACCAAAGGCAGAACCCUGGCUGGCGACGCUGGGAUGAACGACCCACUGACGACACGGAGUCAGCAUUACUUACCGACACAGCCAUAUUUCAUCACAAACAGCAAGACAGAAGUGACUGUCUGAGAUCACUUGCAUUUUCUUUCCUUUUUUUUUUUAAAGAUCCUUUUGAGGGGGGAAACAAAAAUAACUCUGGAAGAGGCAAAAACAAAAAAACAAAAACUAGGAAGAAGUGGACAUUCCUGGUCAAGGUAACCAGGUGUGAACUGAAGAUUGGGUUGACGCUAUAAAGCAAUACACUGAAGGAUGUUUGAGGACCGUUUGUAUUUUACACUGGAAAUCCACUCCUUGGGACUACUAACUUUUUUUUUAAAAGAACUCCAAAUUCAAAUCCAUGAUGAGAAGUAGCACAAUUUAGAGACACCAUUCAUCUGCUUACAAACUCUUUUCCACGAUGUCCCUGCCACGAGGCAGACAGAAACAGACAGACAAAACCAUAUACUGAAAUAUCUUACUACGGUCAGGAAUUUUUGUACAAAUUUUAAGAAUAACCAUGUUCUCUAGAUCUGUGAAAACAAAAAGAGCUGAAACAAAGAGCAAACACCGCGGUACAAACCCUAAUGUUGAGUGUUCUGUUUUCGUACCGUCACUUAAAAAAAAAAAAAAGCAAGCAAGCAAGCAAAAAAUAUAUAGACAUACAAGAAAUCAGAAAGAGGACACGAUUCUCGUGCGGAACCUCUGAAGACUGUUACCGUUUGAAAGCAUCUAGGGACUUUCUUGUUAGAGGUAGACUUGGGAGAGUUGUUUUUGUUUUGGUUUUAUGUCUUGCAGUGUUCAGGAUUUCCGAAAGAUUAAAAAGGAGGAGGAGGCGGAAGUGGUGGGAAAGAUUGUACGGAUCUCCACACUUUCCUCUCCUCGUCGGCUUCAGAAUGACCCCUUUCCAAGGUAUCAGUAAAGAGAUUUAUUCCGCAGCCUCUUCUGAAUUUAUCUUAACCACUUUUUCUUUCCAGCUUUCAGUUAUUUGGGACUGAAGAUAAGUACGCGUGGGUGGUGCCUUUAUUGUAUUACUAAUGUUCAAUGACUGUCUUGUUUUCCAGUGAAGUUUGUAUCCCGUUAGGGUUCUCUCCUCAUGUCUGGGGUUCAACCUCUCAGCUGUCUUUCUACUCCUUUUGCUGCCGAAGACAAAACAAUUCACAUUUCACUGCUGUGUAGUGUUUGCACGUUCAGAAAUAAAGGACACGGUUGCUCUCUUUCUCCCUCCGUCACCUUUGUCCCUGUCGAAACAGAUUUUCACUUGCCUCAAAUUGCCCUGCAGCCUCUCGUCCCAUGCUUGCUUUGAGGCCGUUAUUUCUUUGUCGACUGUUUCAAGUCCUCUUCUAUCUAUUUCUCUAUCUCUACCAGGGUUCAUCUUGCCUUGGGUGGCCGUGUGCAGUGAACAUGGGCCGCCCAAUAGGAACACGAUUGGGAGGGGCAAAAUAUCACCUGCCCCUGCAGCCAACCAACCACCUGCCUCCCUCUCUGUGCUUUCCUUAUCAGUGGCAAAAGGUUGGUGUGCAGGUUGAUGACAUCACCGCCCCUCAACACCCAUGCCGGCUGAUUGAUGAUGUAAUUAACCCGCAUGCUGGCUCUUUGCUGCCAGUAGCGACAGGGAAGGAGGUGGCAAGCAGUGGCAGGGACUCCCAAAAUAUCUGGCUAUGGGCCACCACCCAGAUCACUACACUAGUAUGUUGUGCCUUUUGGCAGGCCCAUUAUGGUGGGGGGAAAGAGUUUGUGUGCAACCAUUUCCCAUAAAAUUUAAGUGUUUUGUAAACCACCUUGAGGUUGUUUUAAUGAAAGGUGAUAUAAAAAUCUAAUAAAUAAAUAAAGUUUAAAAAAACCC